ACACACACACACACACACACACACACACACUCACUGACACACACGCACACGCUUCAUUUCUGGAAGCCCCACAGUCUUCAAGUAAGUUUUCAGUUUUUCCAACUCGUUCUCCCACUUAACAUGGUUUCUUUGCCUGCUCAAAGACCAAAUGCCUGGGUGUCAGAGGUUUUGGCUCCCCGUUGCCAGCUCACGGAGACAUCCAGUACAUGUCUGCAAAGGAUGAAGGACGUAUAUGAUGUCGUCAUUCUAGGCUGGGCCCCACUAGAUGCUGCAGGACCACCAAUCGCCCCUGCAGCUCCCGCUAGACCACCGCUGGCCCCUGCAGCUGCCGCUGGAGCACCAGUGGCCCCCAGAGCUCCUACUGGAGCAUCAAUGGCCCCUGCAGCUCCCGCUGGACCACCAGCGGCCCCAGAAGCUCCCAGUGGACCACCACUGGCCCCACCAUAUCCCACGGUAGCAGUGCCCCUGUCUGAUCCCCCAGUGGCCUUAACCAGACCACCAGCAGCCCCAACUGGACUACUGAAGAGACCCCAUUCCCCAGGAGGAUUUCCAGGAGCCUCCCCAGGUUGUUUUGAAAAAGAAUGCCCACACACAGUGACAGGGAGCCAGGAUUUUUACCCUGUGAAGAGGGUUGUAAAAUACAAAGUUGUCAAGGGCCAAAUGAUGAAGCAGGUGGAGUGAGAGCCAUGCCAACUCUGUGGAAAAAAGUGGCCGUUGGAGUGGGUGGCGGAUAAGGACACUUGUUAGUGAGAAGGUUGUUUUACAUAACAUUUACAAGACUUUCUGUUGUGCCUGGACCCCAAAGCUCUAAUUUUUCAUUUCAGAGUAGUUUCAGUAUGUUGGUCAAUAAAAAAAA